AUGUUCGCCUUCAACUUUCUUGCCGGGGGGCUUUCGCCUCUCUUGGUUGCCUUCUUGCUCGCCUGUUAUACAGCGGUCGCAGAGGAAGUCUCAUCCUUCAAAUCGAGACCCGAUCUCUUCGCUCCAACGUUCACCGUCGAGGUUAGCGAUCCGAGAAAGCUUAGCCCUGGCUUUAUUUUUGUUGGGCCGUACGAGAAGGCUUAUAGUCCGGGCCCGUAUCUUUAUGAUAAUUAUGGGAACCUAGUAUGGAGCGGUUGGGGCAAUUCAGGCCCUGGGAACGCCCAUGGUUUGCACGUUUGUCGCUACAAAGGAGCAGACCACCUCUGCUUUUUCCAGGGAAACCAGCAGAAAGGAUACUGUCGCGGCCAUGGCGUUAUUAUGGAUAACCAGUAUCGAAUCGUGCGCUCGGUGCAGCCGGGCGGUGGCAUGGCGUCGAGCGACAUGCACGAGUUCAAACUUAUCAACAACGGCAAAUCCGCCCUGAUGACCGUCUACCAGCAGCGUCAAUUCGACAUGAGUCCCUGGAACGUGCGACAGGGUCUUGGCUGGGUUAUGGAGAGCAUCUUCCAGGAGAUUGACGUCGAGACUGGCAAGACGCUGUUCGAAUGGCGCUCGCUCGACCAUGUUGAUCCGUCGCUCAGUUAUACCUACCCCGAUCACACGGAUACUUCAGGUACUGGGCUGAGCCCGUUUGCGCCGUGGGAUUAUUUCCAUAUCAACUCGAUCGAUAAGAAUGCGGAUGGCGACUAUUUGAUCUCGUCACGUCAUACGUGCGCCAUCUACAAAAUCUCCGGCAAGGACGGUUCAAUUAUUUGGCAACUGCAUGGCCAGAACCCCUCGUUCACCAACAUCAACUUUAGUUUCUCGCAGCAGCACGAUGCGCGCUGGUUGUCUGAGAAUGCAACUCAUACGUACUUGUCGCUCUACAACAACGGUUACAAUGGCUUCAACCAGACCCAUCAGUACUCGUCUGGCAUGCUCAUCCUCAUCGACCAUGUGGACAUGACGGCCACCCAGCUGCGAGACUACAUGCCUCCAGGCAAGAGCAUGCUCAGCUCCAGCCAAGGCAACAUGCAAGUCCUGAACAACAGUCAUGUAUUCAUGGGCUGGGGCAACAAUGCCUACGUCUCUGAGCAUGACGCAGACGGCAACCUCGUUUUCUGGGGCUUCCUAUCCCAGGAUCUAGGAUUCAUGAAUUACCGCGCCCAGAAAUUCGAAUGGGAUGCCAACCCAACAGACGUCCCGGCUCUAUGGUCCUAUUCCAGAUCUACAGAACCCUACUCCCCAACAACACUCUACGUCAGCUGGAACGGCGCCACUCGCGUCAAAUUCUGGCGAUUCUACGGUUCCAUGAACUCCACGGGUCCUUACACCCUGCUCGACGAACUACCCAAAGCGGGGUUUGAGACUGCAUACACCGACAUGAACUUCUACCCAUGGACCCAUGCGGAAGCAGUAGACGGGCAUGGGAAGGUGUUGGGCAAGUCCCCCAACACCUUCACAUUCGUACCCUCACCGGAGCUGCAAGGUUACUGCACCGAGAACGACUGCGGGAAUGCACUGGGUUACGGCUUCCCAGAUGAUCCAAACACAAGACCGCUGAUUCCGCCCAUGGGCGUCAACACAGUGCCCUGGGUUGAUCCGGAUAAUCCGGAGAAGUUGUUUGAUUGGGGGGUUUCCGGUGGGCAGCCUGAAGAGACAUCUUCCGCUGAUGCUGCUUCUGGAAGUGUAUACGAUUAUACCAAUUGGGCUGUGGGUGCCGUGGUUGUGCUUAUUGGGGCCGUGGCAGUGCAGCUGAUCGUCAGCUGCUGUCGUCGACCGCGACGGGGGGAUCAGACAUACCGGGAUAGGCGCGAUUCGAUGGACACUCUGGACGACAUGUCAGAGGACGAGCCGAAGCCGUCAGAGACGGGAGAGCGGCGGCGGUGGUGGGAUUGGAGGACAGAAGACUACUUGCCACUGCAAGAGCGGGAACGACGGGGGAGGUGA